CACACCACCCAGAAAAAAGUAAAAAUAUUAACGGCACGGUCACGCUUCUCACCAAAACGGCGGACUUCCUGUCUUUUCAGGCAUGGCUUCUUCAGACUUUCUUAUUAUUUUUGUGAGUCUACACAUGAUAGACAAAUUUCAUGUCGCUCAGUGUAUCUCCACGAGCGGUCACUAACUCGGCUGCCCUUGCUCUGCCCGCACUUUGUGACGAAAACGUGUUCUUCGUACGUAAGCGAGCGCCGAUCUGUCUGAAGUCUUCGCAUCCUUGUCAGCUGUUCAAAUGGAUUUUUGCGUGCAAUCUGUUCCUGGUUGGCUGCAAAAUCACUUCGCAUGUAUUUUGUGGACGGUCUAGACUUAUAAAGAACGUGGAUGCUUGUUGUUACGCGCCUUUGCUAGCCCUUCAGUGUCACUUUUGGACUCCUUUUACACCCUCCAAGUCUCUUCUUUUGUAGAGGAACAGUCUUCACUGUGUGUUCCGUGUAAAAUCCUGCCGAUUCCUGUCGAAUGUCAAACAGACGCAGAACUUGCCAGAAGUUACUGGUUUCUUCCUGACCGGUUUUCUUUUCAUCUUUUCAUUCGUAUGCGAGCGAGAGAGUCUUGAAGAAUACCGGAGAUUGUUGUCGCAUGCAGGACCCAUCCAGUACUCGCCGGAAACUAUCACUGCCCCCUUUAAUGUAGGAGUAGGACUUUUGUUUUUGUGGCCUCCUUGACCAGGAUCGUCUUUCUUCUGUCACAGGCAAUCUUCUUCUUCUUUUCCUUUCGGCUUGUCCCGAUGAGGGGUCACGAAAAUGUGCCUUCUUUUUCCGUCAAAGCCCAUCUCGGGCAUCUUCCUCUCUAACAUCCACAGUCUUCGAGGUGGCGAAGGCUAAACCGGAGGCAGGAAAGAAGGAGAAAAGGAUCUCGACAGGUUGGCCAGACAGAGGGAUAGCGAUGGGAAGGAUGUGCAGCAGGUUAGGGUGAUUAAGGAUAGCCGUGGAAAUAUGUUGACUGGUGCCGGUAGCGUGCUAAGGAGAUGGAAAGAGUAUUUUGAGAAGUUCAUGAAUGAAGAAAAUGGGAGUAGAAGAGGCGAGCGUGAAUGACCACUCAGGGGGAAGUUCAAAAGGCACUGAACAGGAUGAAAAAUGGAAAGACAGUUGGUCCUGAUGACAUACCGGUGGAGGUACGGAAGCAAUUUGGAGAGGCGGCUGUGGAGUUUUUGACCAACUUAUCCAAUAGAAUACUAGCGGGAGAGAAGAUGACGGAAGAAUGGAGGGAAAGUGUGCUGGUUCCCAUUUUUAAGAACAAAGGCGAUGUCCAGAAGUGUGGAAACUACCGAGGAAUAAAGAUGAUGAGCCACACAAUGAAGUUAUGGGAAAGAGGAGCGGAGGCUAGACUCAGGACAGAAGUAAGUAUCUGCGAGCAACAGUACGGUUUCAUGCCUAGACAGAGUACCACAGAUGCAUUAUUUGCCUCGAGGAUGGUUGUGGCAAAAUACAGAGGUCAGUCUUUGUAGACCUUGAGAAAGCCUACGACAGAGUACCAAGAGAGGAACUGUGGUACUGCGUGCGCAAGUCCGGUGUGGCGGAGAAAUAUUUUAGAAUAGUACAGGACAUGUACGAGGGCAGCAGAACAGCGGUGAGAUGUGCCGUAGGUGUGUCAGAAGAAUUUAAGGUGGAGGUGGGACUGCAUCAGGGAUCCGCUCUGAGCCCCUUCCUGUUUGCGGAAAUAAUAUACAGGUUGACAGAUGAGGUUAGACUGGAAUCCCGUCGGACUACGAUGUUCGCAGAUGAUUUUGUGAUCUGCAGUGAAAGCCGGGAGCGGGCGGAGGAACAGUUAGAAAGAUGGAGGUACGCACUGGAAAGGAGAGGAAUGAAGAUUAGCCGAAGUAAAACAGAGGGUCGGAGGAGGAAGAGUGAAGCUCCAGGGAGAAGAGAUAGCGAGGGUGGACGACUUCAAAUACUCGGGGUCAACAAUCCGGAGCAGUGGUGAGUGCGGUAAGGAAGCGAAGAAACGGGUCCGAGCGGGCUGGAACAGUUGGCGGAAGGUGUCUGGUGUUGUACGUGACAGAAGAGUCUCCGCUAGGAUGAAGGGCAAAGUCUACAAGAAUGUUGUCACAGCCAAUACUCGCCAGAAAUUCCUUCAGGCGACUUUUAGAAGUACUUGUGACCGGUUUUCAUCCAUUUCGAGAGACUGUUUUCACUGUAUAUCAUGAAGAAUGUGGGAGAUUCUCCCAUGUAGGACUCGUCAGUAGUUGCCAGAAAAUUGGUAGCGGCUUAUUUGACCGGUUUUCCUCUUGCGUUGUCCUCCAUCUCUUCAUUUUGUCUCAUGAGGAUUCUGGGAGAUUGGUCGUCCUGCGUAGGGGCCACUUGCGUAUCGUGGAAACAAAGCAUGAGCGGCGGCGGCGGCGGCGGUUCGUCUUUGUUUUUUUUCCCCUCCAGCCGGCCAAUGACGUCCUCCGACACAGACGCCGCGUGACGGGCAUCAAUCAUGUGCCGUAUACAUUUGCAGGAAACUUCCAUCAGUUUUUGGAAACUCACGUCGGGACGAGCGGCUUGACAGGGUCCGUGACCGACAGACCGCCCGGGCCGGCAAACUCCGGUCGAAAAGUUUCUUUCCGUUUCUUUCUCACCCUCAACCCAGACGACGGCUCCAAGCCCACGCCCACCAUGGAGACCGUCGUCCCCUCCGAAGGCGACGAGAUAACGGCCCCCACGCUGUGGAUCAAGCAGCUGGUCUACAAGGAAAACAAGCAGAACAGCUCCGCGUCCAGGAAGCAAGAGAAAGUUCCCUCUUGCGACCAGGAGCGACAGAGCGCCCUGGACGAGGCCCGGCAGAACCCCCGCGAGGCCGUCUUCAUCCCCGACUGCGGGCCCGGCGGCCUCUACAAGGCCGUUCAGUGCCACCAGUCCACCGGCUACUGCUGGUGCGUCCUGGUGGACACCGGACGACCCAUCCCGGGAACCUCCACCAGGUACCAGACGCCAGAAUGUGACAGCGUCGCGCAUUCGCGCGGCUCCGACGCCGAAGAUCUGUUCCAAGGCCGAGACCUGACAGGCUGCCCCGACGGGAAAAAAGGGGAAUUCAUUACGAGCCUUUUAGACGCUCUGACCACAGACAUGGUUCAGGCCAUAAACUCACCAGCCCCUUCUAGUGGCGGGAGGUUCGCGGAGCCGGACCCCAGCCACACGCUGGAGGAACGCGUGGUGCACUGGUACUUCGCCCAGCUGGACGCCAACGGCAGCCAGGACGUGGGCAAGAAGGAGCUGAAGCCCUUCAAGCGCUACCUGAAGAAGAAGGCCAAGCCCAAGAAGUGCGCCCGCAAGUUCACCGACUACUGCGACCUGAACAAGGACAAGGCCAUCUCGCUGCACGAGCUCAAGGGCUGCCUCGGUGUUGCCAAGGACGGUGGUUCGACAGCAAGUAGCGUCUACGGGACAAGGCAAGGGACAAAUGUGUUCAUACGUCGUCCGGUCUGAGGGGAGAACGUUCCAGGAGCCGAGACGAGGGCCGGGGCCACAGAAAGAAGGCGUCGACGCGCCCGCUUGACGGUGACAAAAAAGAGUGACGCGUCGGAGAGAAAAAUAACUUCCCGACUUAUUUUCAUUCAGACACACAAACACACCCUCAAAAAAAAAAACGAAGCAGCGCCAAAAUAUUUGCACUUUCUCCUCCCUGUCUUUUAAUAUGUUCAUAUUUUGGAUUGUUUGUGGUUUUUACGUGGCUGCAAAGGUGUUUCCGCAAAAGAAUUUGUAUGUAAAGUCGUCAUAUAAACGAGUGGAGUACGUGCGCAGGAAGCUAGCAGUUAGCGGGCUAAAAGGCGCGUAGCUCCCAACUAGGGAUGGGCAUUACUCUGAUCAUGAAAUAUUACGUGGAAUGGCGUCUUGAGUCCAAAAUUAUUACGUGGAAUCUUCUCUUGAAGAAUUUGCGGCUAAAUCUAGUUUUCUGUCUUAAAACCACCGGCAGAACAUAGACUCUUUUUUUUUUUUUUUUUUGGUUUAAUAGAUUGCGGCCGUCACAACAUAGAUGAACUUUUUUUGUCUAAGGAAGACAUCAACCAGGGGCAUCGAAACGUGUUCAGAACAUUCUGGAAGUUUCUUUCAUCCCAUGAAAAUACAUUUUACAAAAAAAAAAAAAAAAUUAGCUUUUGAGUUCUGUGGAUUUUGUGGAAUCUCGAUGAAAUGUCAGGUAGCGAAAUCCGAGCAGGACGUCCGACCGUUCGUUUUCUCCACAGUUGAUCAAAGCAGUGCCGUGGGCUGCCCAUCCCUACGAGCAACGGUGAAGGAAUGUUUGUUGUACAUAAGAAACCCCCGGGCAAACCAAUUAGAAUCGAAACUGUGACUCCCGACUUUUGAGUUCAUCGGCGCAGAAUUUGAGCUGUGCGGAUUCCCCUUGCACUGUAGAUGGGGUAGCGAAACGGGCGGGAAGAUUUCCGGUGGAUUCUAUCCGGGGAAAUAUUCCGUUUCAGAAACUUUCGAUGGGAAUCAAUCGGGAAUUGAGGCUAACUUCGUGGGAAAAUAUAAACGUUUUGUUUUGUCGUAAAUUGACAUCCGUGAAAAAGAUGUGCCGCCUCGAGAAAGCCAAGACGUUAUUCUGACUCAAAAAAACAUUUUUUUUUUAAUGCUUUGACUUGGAAACUUACCAAUAUGUGCAGAAAGUAUGUAGAACAAUUAAUUAAAAGUGGCUUCCAGCUGUUGAACUCCCGGUUCAACUUGACUGUCACUUUUAACUAAACAGAAUUACACGUCGUGUAUUUAAUCCGAGUUAGCUUUAGCUUAUGAAAAAAGGCUGCUUAGCUUAUUGCUAGCAAACAAUGAAAACACCACCGGAAUGCUAACUGUUAGCAUGCAGAGUUGCGGUUUUGAAUGCUCGACUAGUUGAACGCAAACAAUGAAGACACAUUUAGAAAGAUAAUAUAACAAUACUCACAGGCAUCUAUUCUUUAUCCUCUGCGAAGACUGACUACUGUUCCAACAUUUGACUCAGUCCGAAGAAGUCGUUUUUGUGUCUGCUUGAAAUUUUUUUACCGAGCGGCACGUCACACAACUGGAUAGAGCGUCUGCCUCACAGUUCUCGGGGGAACAAAAGCCGGUCCCGCCUGUGUGGAGUUUGCAUUUUCUCGCCGUGCCUGCGUGGGUUAUCUCCGGGCACUUCCCACAUUCCCAAAAACAUGCAACAUUCAUUGAGUACUCCAAAUUGCCCUUAGGUGUGAUUGCGAGUACAAAUGGUUGCCUGUCUCGAUUGGCUGGCAACCAGUUCAGGGUGUACCCCACCACCUGCCUUAAGAUAGCUGGGAUUGGGUCCAGCGCUCCCGCGACCCUCAUGAGGAUAAGCGGGUUGGAUAAUGUAUGGAUGGCUCGCAGUGACCAAGGCAGGCACACCACGAAUUAGAUGACAGCAUUAAGUCAAGUUGAAUACUUCACAUUAUUACUGAUGUAGUACUCUUGUUUUUACACAGUCAAAUAUUAAUAGCUAUUUAUUAAAAGUAGCAAUGUUUUGAAUGAAGGACGGAACGGAUUUACGGCACGUCCGUGGAUUUCAACGAUAAAAGACGAUUUGAGAUACGAGUCUGGUGACGGACUGAAUUGAACCGCUCCCAAAAAGAGGCAACCGGUCCGUUUGUUUCCCUUUUAAUUCCCAUGGAAAGUUUUGGAAAACGAUUUUUGCAACCCGAGCUGUAAACAACCUUUGUAGAAGCUUUUUUGGCAGCGCGGCGGGACGAGUUAGCGCUGAGUAAGCGUUCGCUUCAACUUUUCAUCGUGUUGGCCUGAUGGUUUUAGAGAUAAAAACGUUUUUGGUUUUUUACGCCCCCCAAAAAUAUUGACUCAAUUCUAUUUUGAGAUGUCGACUUUUCCUCACACUGAAACUAAUACGGGCAGCGUUGGCCUCACAGUUCUGAGGACCCGGGUUCGAUCCCGGCCCCGCCUGUGGAGAGUUUGCAUGUCCCCCCCUCCCCCCGUGCCUGCGUGGGUUUCCUCCGGUCACUCCGGUUUCCUCCCACAUCCCAAAAACACGCAACGUUAAUUGGACACUCUAAAUUGCUCAUAGGUGUGAUUGUGAGUGCGGCUGUUUGUCUCUAUGUGCCCUGCGAUUGGCUGGCAACCAGUUCAGGGUGUGCCCAGCCUCCUGCCCGUUGACAGCUGGGAUAGGCUCCAGCACUCCCCGCGACCCUCGUGAGGACAAGCGGGAAAGAAAAUGGAUGGAUAAAUUGCCCCUAGGUGUGAUUGUGAGUGCGAUUGGUUGCUUGUCUCCAUGUGCCCUGCGAUUGGUUGGCAACCAGUUUCACGGUGUGCCCAGCCUCCUGCCCGUUGACCGCUGGGAUAGGCUCCAGCACUCCCCGCGACCCUCAUGAGGAUAAGCGGAAAAGAAAAUGGAUGGCUAAAUUGCCCCUAGGUGCGAUUGUGAAUGCGAUUGGUCAUUUGUCUCCAUGUGCCCUGCGAUUGUUGACAGCUAACCCUCACACCCUUGUGAGGAUAAGCGGCUAAGAAAAUGGAUGGGUGAACCGCGAGGGGCUCACGAUGAAUAGUCGCACGUAAUGAUUGAUGUUGGAGUAAAUAUCGCCAUCCAGUCGUUUUCACUUAGCGACGUUGUACGUACACAUUCCCUUUAAAAAAAAAAAAUUGAUUGCAAAAUUUAUGUAUGGCACUGUUUACCUUUCAAUAUGUUGUCAAAGAGUCAAAGCGAGUUUUGAUUAUGUAUUAUAAAAUAUCAAACAUCCAACACACUGAUUUCCAUGAGAAAAUUUGAAAAGAAGAAGAGAUCGGAUUCGUUCUGCCCAAUUUAGCUUCGGAUGACCACUUAGCUUCGUGGCUAGCAUCGGGCUUAGGCGAGCGGCGGGCGAAGUCGAGUUAGCGCGCGCGACUCGUCCCUGACGCGCAAGCCGACGUUUGAGAUCAAUGUUUUUGUUUUUUGUUGAAUAACUUUUUUUUUUUUUCUUUUGUGUACAUUCAAAUUCAACUUAAAAUAAAAAAGUAUGACCAAAAAAAGCAAUUCUGUGAGUGUUUCGUUAAAAGCGGCACAAAUGUUUCA